AUGCCCUCUUGGAGCACUUCCCGCCUUAAUCUUCCCCGCCGCUUGGGCGAAACUGUAAGCAGCCCCUCCGACUCCAAUUCCAAAGCUUGCAGCACAGGGAGGAGCAGGAGGAGGAACGCACCGGAAGUCUGGUCGCCCCUGAAGCAGUACAGGCCUGCGGCAAGCGAAGCGCCCAAAGGAAGCCUUUCAGUUGGCCCCGUGGCAAUGCAAAAGAUGUCGUUCGAUCGACGACCGUCCCACAAGUUUCGAAAGGGAUUAUUCAAUAGCCGCUUCGGGGGUGGCUCCGGGUCGGGCUAUAAUAAGAAAAGAGUGGAAAAGCAAUACCACAAAAGGUCCGCUAGGUCCAGCAGAAGAUCCAGCCCUGACAUUUUUGCACAGCUUAGUCCACACAAUGGGUACUUGACCUACCACGGAGUCAACCUCCUGAACUCGGACGUCAGGGCACUCAAGGAUGAUUGGUUGACAGACACGAAUAUCGCCUUUUGGGAAGAGUACAUCGAACAUGAGAUACUCCCAAAGUACCCCCAGGCGCGUGUUGCACUGAUGAGGCCGGUACUGGUGGCGUUGAUGGUGCAGGCGCAACGCCUCAAGGAUAUAGCCGAUGCCCUACCCGAUUUCCGCCAUGAAACGCACAUCUUCUUGCCCAUCAGCGACUCGAUAAAUGCUGGCCGCCGUGCCGAUACGGGCAGCCAUUGGUCACUGCUCCUCGUGUCCAAGCUGGACGGUGUUGCCUUUCACUACGACUCGUUGAACGACCACAACGACGCCCACGCGCGUGCCGCCGUAGAUAGGCUCUCUCGGCACCUGAGGCAGCCCCUGCGCUUCUAUCGCAUCAUCGACAUGCCCCAGCAGGCCAACUCUAGCGACUGCGGCGUCUUUGUCUGCAUCUUGAUGCGCCACCUUCUGGUAAAGAAGCUGCUCAACGCCAACGCCAAAGAGAAGGUUGCCAUGGGCCUUUCCGGCAAGCAGAUUGACGCGCACGGAGGCAGGAAGGAGAUGAUUAAGAUCAUCGAGCAGCUGCGCAAGGAGGGCGAACGCAGACGUAGCACGGGUGCCUUGCCUAUGUCGUUUCGCUCUGGUAAUUCGCCGCCGUACAUCGACUAG